AUGCCCCUCCCUCAGAUCUUCACGCGCACCUGUGACUCAACCCGCAAGAUCGCCCUCUCCCUGCGCAACCUCGGCUUCGGCGCCGUGCCCAUCCACGGCCAGAUGAGCCAGCCCAAGCGCCUCGGCGCCCUCAACAAGUUCAAGGCCGGGGAGAGGGCCAUUCUGGUGGCGACAGACGUGGCGGCGCGCGGCCUGGACAUCCCGAGCGUGGACGUCGUCAUAAAUUAUGACGUGCCGGCCAACAGCAAGGACUACGUCCACAGGGUGGGCCGCACGGCGCGCGCGGGGCGCAGCGGGCGCAGCGUGACCAUCGUGACUCAGUACGAUGUCGAGAUGUUCCAGAAGAUAGAGCACCUCACGGGCGUCAAGAUGGAGGCCUUCCCGGCUGAGAGGGAGGAGGUGCUGCUGCUGCUGGAGCAGGUAAGUUCUGCCCAGCGCAUUGCCACGAUGCAGAUGAAGGAGGCGGACUCAGGCAAGGGCAAGAAGAGGGGCGGCGCCGGCGGCGACGAGGACGAGGGGCGGCGGGGCUUCAUGGCCAGCGGCGGCGGCAAGAGGGGGCGGCGGUGA